UACAGUAAUCUUUUGCUAGCAAAUUUUUUCUGAUAUAAAUUCUCAUCAUCUUCUGGCUCUUCACUCUCUACUCCUUAUUCCUCCUCUGCUAUUCUUUUCUCAAUUCCAUCUUCUUCUUCUUCUUUUACUGCUCCGACCCGGCCACCAUUAUUAGUCGACUUCCCACUAUAUAUCGGCCUUCUUCUUCUUUUCUUUUUUUUGUUGGAUCCAGAGACCAGAUAUGAAAGAUGUCAAUGGUUCGCCGGCCACCACCGUCUGCGUCACCGGUGCCGCCGGCUUCAUCGGCUCAUGGCUCGUCAUGAGGCUGCUUGAACGGGGCUAUGUUGUUCGAGCCACCGUUCGCGAUCCAGCCAAUAUAAAGAAGGUGAAACACCUACUGGAGUUGCCCAAAGCGGAUACAAACCUAACGCUGUGGAAGGCGGACCUCAACGAGGAAGGGAGCUUUGACGAGGCCAUUGAAGGCUGCUUCGGAGUAUUUCAUGUGGCCACGCCCAUGGAUUUUGAGUCCAAGGACCCCGAGAAUGAGGUAAUUAAGCCGACAAUCAAUGGUGUGUUAAGCAUAAUAAAAUCAUGUACCAAAGCAAAGACAGUCAAGAGGCUGGUGUUCACAUCUUCUGCUGGUACCGUCAAUGUUCAAGAGCACCAACAGCCGGUGUAUGAUGAAAAGAACUGGAGCGACUUGGAUUUUAUCAAUAAGAUAAAGAUGACUGGCUGGAUGUACUUUGUGUCAAAAACACUAGCAGAGAAAGCAGCAUGGGAAGCAGCCAAAGAAAACAACAUUGAUUUCAUCAGUAUUAUACCAGUGUUAGUGGUAGGUCCCUUCAUUAUGCCAACCUUCCCACCAAGCCUGGUCACUGCGCUCUCUCCUAUCACAGGAAAUGAACCUCAUUACUCAAUAAUCAAGCAAGGCCAGUUUGUGCACCUAGAUGAUCUUUGUGAAUCUCAUAUAUUCUUGUUUGAGCAUCCUGAAGCAGAGGGGAGAUACAUCUGCUCAUCCCAUGAUGCAACUAUCUACGAUUUGGCGAAGAUGAUGAGGGAGAAAUGGCCCGAGUACAAUGUCCCCACCGAGUUUAAGGGGAUUGAUAAGGAUAUCCCGAACGUGUCAUUUUCGUCCAAGAAGUUGAUAGGGAUGGGGUUUAAGUUCAAGUACAGCUUGGAGGAUAUGUUCAGAGGAGCCAUUGAUACUUGUAGGGAGAAGGGAUUGCUUCCUUACUCUAAUGCAACAACUGCCAACGGAACGAAUGGAACGAUUUAGAAAAGCAGAGAGAAAGGGGAAGGAAAGUUGAGUAGUGUACUGUUCUGUGUAACAAUGUUGUUUAUGUUCUUAAUUUCUAAUGUACGUUUGUAUGGCUGCUGAGGUGGGUGUUAGCUAAGGUGUGAUGUUGCUAGCUUCUUCAGGAGUUCGUAAUAAUCUUGAUUUAGAAAUAAAUAUUGAAGUCACAUUUUGCCCCCCAAAAAAUGCAAAAAAGUCCAGUCACCCAUUAUAUAUUCCUCUUUUUAAGUGGGCAAGGAAAGUCAGUAGACGUGGGAAAAACAAUUUAUAUUUACUAUUCAUAAAAAUUACGUUAUCAGUGUGAUAAGCAUACAAUAUCUUCUCUCUCACAUCUAUCAUAUUAUUAAUGUUUUUAGA